GCUACUUGGAUGAAUUUGGCCAUUUUCUAGGAGACUUGAAUGUUAAAUUUCUAUAUACAAAUAAACCAGUUCUCUCUUGUUUGGAGCAAUGCUGAAAUUCCAAGAGGCUGCUAAAUGUGUGAAUGGAUCAAUAGCCAUUUCUACUUAUCCAAAGACCUUGAUUGCAAGAAGAUAUGUGCUUCAACAAAAACUUGGUAGUGGAAGUUUUGGAACUGUCUAUCUGGUUUCAGACAAGAAAGCAAAACAAGGAGAGGAAUUAAAGGUACUGAAGGAAAUCUCUGUUGGAGAUCUGAAUCCAAAUGAGACUGUGCAGGCCAAUUUGGAGGCCCAGCUCCUUUCCAAGCUGGACCACCCGGCUAUUGUCAAGUUCCAUGCAAGCUUUGUGGAGCAAGAUAAUUUCUGCAUUAUCACAGAGUACUGUGAGGGCGGGGAUCUGGAUUGUGAAAUUCAGGAAUAUAAAGAAGCUGGCAAAACCUUUCCGGAAAGUCAAAUAAUAGAAUGGUUUAUCCAGCUGUUGCUAGGAGUUGACUACAUGCAUGAAAGGAGGAUACUUCAUCGAGACUUGAAAUCAAAGAAUAUAUUUCUGAAAAACAAUCUGCUUAAAAUUGGGGAUUUUGGAGUUUCUCGACUCCUAAUGGGAUCCUGUGAUCUAGCCACCACUUUAACUGGAACUCCCCAUUACAUGAGCCCGGAGGCUUUGAAACACCAAGGCUACAACACAAAGUCAGACAUCUGGUCUCUGGCAUGCAUUUUAUAUGAGAUGUGCUGCAUGAAUCAUGCAUUCACUGGCUCCAAUUUCUUGUCCAUUGUUUUAAAAAUUGUUGAAGGUGACACGCCUUCUCUCCCCAAGAGAUAUCCAAGAGAACUGAAUGCCAUCAUGGAACGCAUGUUGAACAAGAGUCCUUCACUGAGACCUUCUGCAAUGGAAAUUUUAAAAAUCCCUUACAUUGAUGAACAACUACAGCACCUGAUGUGUAGAUACUCGGAAAUCACUCUGGAAGACAAGAAUUUGAAUUGUCAGAAGGAGGCUGCUCAGAUAAUUAAUGCCAUGCAAAAAAAGAUCCACCUGCAGACUCUGCGGGCACUGUCUGAAGUGCAGAAAAUGACACCAAGAGAAAGGAUGCGGCUGAGGAAGCUCCAGGCAGCUGAUGAGAAAGCCCAGAAGCUGAAGAAGCUUGCAGAAGAAAAAUAUGAAGAAAAUAACAAAAGAAUGCAAGAGUUGAGAUCUCGGAACUCUGAGCAGCUAACUGUUGAUAUACUCCAUGAAUUUGAUGACCUGACUUCAGAGAACCUGCCUGAGUCUCAGCCCAUUCCUUCUUUGGACCUUGACCCACUUGAGUCAAGUAUAGAAGAUCAUGGUAUGACUGACCUUGGAGAUCAUGAGAUCCCAGAAGACCCGCUUGUGGCUGAAGAGUAUUAUACUGACGCCUUUGAUUCCUGUUCUGAAGACAGUGAGGAGGAGGAGGAAGAAAUAGUGUUCUCAGCCCCGGGGGAAGAGGUCAAGGAUGAGGGAUCCCGGCCUGCUUACAGAACAUCCCAACAGGACAGUGAUAUUGAAGCACUGGUCGGGUGUUUGGAAAAUGUCCUGGGUUGCACCUCUCUAGGUCAGCCAUGCAGAAGCUGGGAGCAGAAGUAUUUGAGAAGGUCUACAACUACCUCAAGAGAGCAAGGCGCCAGAAGGCCAAUGAAGCCGAGAUCCGGGUAGCUCUAGAAAAAGUGGUGCCUCGUGCCGGUGACUGUUUUGAA